AUGCACAGCGCCGGUAUCGACUAUCCCGUCCCCGACUCACCAUACCGCCUACACUACUACAAUCUUCCCCCAUCAGAAUGGCCUUUCAGCCAUAGACACCUCGCACUAUCCGCCAUCGAAGAGACCACGGCAUUCGGGGCGAACAUUUUCGAUUAUCUGAUACAGCAUCAAGGCCCUUCUAUCAAGAUCAACUUCAAGAAGUCAGGUGCAUUAGGAGGGAUCGUUAAUCACGGCAGCGUCAGUAUCCAUAUCGACAAAGUACCAUUCUUUGACCCCACUUAUGAUGAUGCGUUUUGGAUCAUGAAGGGGAUGGAGGGCGCGGCGAGGGAGAAAGGAUCGAGAAAGGUGUCGGAGAAAGUAGAGCUAUUGGCAAUGAGGCUGAAGAGGUUAUUGCGCAUGUCAGGAUGGUGCCUUGGUCUGAGGAGGCCGGGUUUGUAG